UCUAUUCGGACCACAGAGCAGCAGACCUUCUGACAGAUUUCCUCUUACCUUUUUCUGCGUCUUUUAGUCCUGUUCUUCUAGAUUAAGAAAAGUUUGUGAUUUUAUAUUGUUGUGAAAGUAUUCUUACAAUAGUUUUUAUUUCCUACAGACAGUAAAAGAAAUAAUCCACGAUUGAAGCCCCUCAGGAAGUUAGAAACUCGCCGAUCAUUUGUGUUUUUUGGAACGCGUAAAGACGCACUGCAGGUCUCCAUGGCGCACAUCUGCAGGCAGCUGAUUGGCGUCGGGGGGAGCUGCGCAGGCUGGGUCGGGCUCAUCUUCGCCACGGCGACCAACGACUGGGUCCGGACGUGCGACUACUCGAUGGCCACCUGCCUGCGCAUAGACGAGCUGGGCGGCCACGGCCUGUGGGCCGAGUGCAGGGUCUCCCCAACCCUUUACAACUGCGAGUUUCUGGACCAGACGUUCUCCUUGCCAGCGUACGUGCUGGUGUCUCGAGCUUUGAUGAUCUCUGCGUGUCUUCUGGGUGUCCCUGCCAUCCUGCUAGUCCUCAUGUCCAUGCCCUGCAUUCGGCUGCCCACCAACUACUCCGCCACCAUCAAGAAGCGCCGCACGCAAGCAGGCGGCAUCCUCUUCAUCAUCAUGGCUGUUUUUGGUACCAUAGCAACCGUCUGGUACCCCAUUGGCUCCAACAAAGACAAGAAACUCAUGUCCUUUGGCUACUCUCUGUAUGCUGGCUGGGUCGGAACCGGCCUCUGUCUGCUGGGCGGCGUCAUCAUCCUGUGUUUCCAGGUCGCCCUGAUCACCAGCCCGUCCAGGGAGAACAGCUUCUUCUACUCCAGACGGAGCGGGACGGCCCGGGAGGCAGAACCUCCCUCCAACCACGCCAAGAGUGAACGGGUGUGAGCAACUGGUUUACCGUCCUCACUCCAGUCUGGUUUCUUUUCUCAUCUGGGUUUCAUUGAUCAAGUAUUUUAUUACUCCGAUGUGUUUUUCUGUUAAACAUGAUCCACCACUGAGGUAGCAUCUAGUGAGGUAGCACUGUUGCCUUGCAGCAAGAAGGUCCUGGGUUCAUAUCCCAGCCAGGGGUCUCUCUGCAAGGGGUUUGCCCGAUGACCACUGGAGAUAAAAAUCACAUGAGAUCAGCAGAAUAAACACAUUUUUAUAUUAUUUUAAAGUAGUGCCAUAUUGUUUCCUGUGUUAACCUUCUUUCGUUUAGUUUCAAUUACUUUUAUCCUUUCAAUCAUUAUAAGACAAACUAGUUUUGGUACGUUUCAAUACUAAAUCCUGCUUUGAAAAACUUUGUUUCUUGUCAGUUUGUCGCAGUUUUUCACUUUUUUGUAUUUACGUCAUUUUAUGAGAGUGUAUGAUUUUUCCUUGAAAUGAUUCAGCAAUAAAACUUUCAUUUUACCAUAAAA